UGCGCGCAUCCCGCGCUCGUACCCGCGGGGCGUCAACACAAAGGUCCCGCCGAGGCAGCUGCGCUGCUCUCCUCUCCCUCCCGGCUGGCCCAGGCCCGCGUUCCGGGCCGCGAGUCCAUUGGCCGGGAGCCCCAGGGGGCGUGGUCCCGCCCUCUGCCCUACCCGACGGCCACGCCCCCUCCCCAGAUAUCUGCUUGUAGUCCGAGGCCAGCAGCUGGGACGACUCGAACUCCUCCACUCAAACGUGUCGCCAGCAGGCCUUUUGGCAGUCUGUGACCCCACCGCCUCCUCUGGUUCCAGGUUCUGCCCUGUGUCUCCUGUAUCAGGUCAGCCAUGUCAUCUGAACCACCCCCGCCGCCGCCACAGGCCCCGACGCCGCAUCAGACUAAUGUUGGGCUAUUGGACACUCCUCGGACCCGGGAUCGCUCUCCAUCCCCACUGCGAGGCAAUGUGGUCCCUAGUCCUCUGCCCACCCGCAGGACAAGGACCUUCUCAGCGACGGUGAGGGCUUCACAGGGCCCUGUCUACAAAGGAGUCUGUAAAUGCUUCUGCCGGUCCAAGGGCCACGGCUUCAUCACCCCGGCUGAUGGUGGCCCUGACAUCUUCCUUCACAUCUCUGAUGUGGAAGGGGAGUAUGUUCCGGUGGAAGGCGACGAGGUCACCUAUAAGAUGUGCUCUAUCCCGCCCAAGAAUGAGAAACUGCAGGCUGUGGAGGUGGUCAUCACCCACCUGGCACCGGGCACCAAGCAUGAGACCUGGUCCGGGCAUGUCAUCAGCUCCUAGGGCCUGCAAGAACCCCUUCUCCUGGGCUUGAGGGAGACUUUGGGGGAGGAGGAGCAGGACACCCUGGAUAUAACACUCUGCCACACAAAGAUGGGGCCUCAAGGCGGGCACGGCCCCUUUCAAGCAUUUCCUGGAAGAAGGGAGUUGUGGGUAGGCAGGGGGUGCUCUCAGCCACUAGCACAGCCUCCAGCCAUUGCAACAAGCUCUCACUGUCUGAAAACAUUAAAAGCAUUUGAAAAAGA